GUUUCCGGGGGCGAAGGGUGCGACUCUAUGAUCCUGCAGCCUCUGAGAGCGACUCUCUCUCUCCCGCCCGUCCUGGCGGCGACUGGCACCUCUCUAUGGUCUCCACUUCCUGCUUCCGUGCGACGCUCUCGCCGGCCGCCCCCGGCAACUCUAUGCUCCGCCCUUAAAGUCACCCGUACCGUUGCAGCCACCGCCGGGGGGGGGGCGGGGGGUUUUUUGUCCUCCGACGGGCGGGGGCGGAAGAUGGCGCAGGCUCUGUCGGCGGAGGAGUUCCAGCGGCUGCAGGCGCAGCUGCUGGAGCUCCGCACCCACAACUACCAGCUGUCGGACGAGCUGCGGAAAACCGGCGCCGAGCUCACCGGGCUCCGGCAGCGUGUCACCUUUCUGGAUAAGGAGCUCGCCAAGGCUCAGAAGGCUCUGGGGAAAAGCAAGAAGGCUCAGGAGGUGGAGGCCCUGCUGAGCGAGAACGAGAUGCUCCAGAGCAAACUGCACAGCCAGGAGGAGGAUUUCCGGCUGCAGAACAGCGCGCUGGUCCGGGAGCUGUCCAAGCUGUGCUCCCAGAUCGAACAGCUGGAGACCGACAAUAAAAGGAUGCAGGGAGGAGGCCCAGUGCCGGACGAGCCUCCGCCCCCUGGGCCCCCGCCCGGCGAGUUCCUGCGGCUCCAGGCCGAGAACAAGGCGCUGCAAAAGAAUGUGGCAGCCCUGCAGGAGCGCUUCGAGAAGGAGGUGGCCCAGCAGGCCGAGGGGCAGGGGGACGCCCCCCAAGCUCAGGGCCCCGCCGGAGAGGCCAUGGCCGGGCCCACGCCGGGCGCCAGCCCCUGCCCCCCCCUGCCCUCGGAGCUGGCGCUGAAGUGGGAGACGGCGCGGGAGGAGACGAGGCUGCUGCGGGAGCAGCUGCAGAGCCUGGAGGUGGCCAAGCAGGUGGAGAUCUCCCGGCUUCAGGACGAGCUGAAUAAGCUCGCUGAGAAACUGAAGAAAAAGCAAGAGAGUUUCCGGCGGCUGCAGGCGGAGAAGGAAGCCCUCUACAACGACAGCAGGACCAAGCUGGCGGAGGUCCAGCAGAGGAGAGACGAGGAGCUGAAAUCGCUGCAGCUUCGCAACCAGAAACUGCACCAGGAGCUGCAGGCAGCCGUGCAGGUGGCCUGCCAGAGCGCAGAGAGCCAGGAGCAAGUAGAGACGAUUCUCUCUGAGAACGAUGCCCUGAGAACCAAUCUAGCCGCACUAGAGCAG